AUGGAUAGAUGGAUCCUCCUCACCUUCGCCGUCCUCGUCUUCGCCGUCCAGUUCGCUUACGUCAUCACCCUUGUCGGCGAGUCUUGCUGCUACAACGACUUCGAUCUGCUUCUUUACAAAGGCACAGUGAAUCAGUUAUUCGUCGCAAGGAGGGAGAAGUCAAAAUGGAGGAACCCUCCUAGUGGGCAGCUGAAGGUGAAUGUUGAUGGUAGCUACAGGGCUGAGUUUGGUGAUGGUGGAGUGGGAGUUGUGAUAAGGGAUGAAAAUGGUAUGUGCCUGGUUGCUUUGGCUCAUUAUUUUCCACAUGCUUCAUCUGCUCUACACAUGGAAGCUGAAGCAUGUCGGGCUGGACUACUAUUGGCAAUCCAUCAGAACAUGUCUGCUAUUGAUUUGGAGAGCGAUUGCUCUCUUGUGAUUACUGCUCUACAACAUAACGUGGAAGAUAGAUCUGAGAUUGGGCGUAUUAUCGAUGAUUGUAAGUCAUAUUUGACAUCUUUUCACCCUUUUCAGGUUAGACACAUCUUCCGUGAAGCAAAUGGUGCAGCCAAUAGGUUAGCGCACCUUGCUAGUUAUAAUUAUAUUUCUGAUGUAUGGUUAGAGGAGACUCCUGUUAUUAUUCGGGAUGUUCUCUAUGAGGACUCUUGUAUUGAUGCUCGAGGUCAAGGUUUUAUGUCCCCCUCGACAAGGUUAAUUCAUUCUAAUAUAAUAAGUCAGGCGUGGGGCUGA